UCGAUUAAACAAUCAAUUAAUCAAUCAAUUAAUUAAUUAAUUAAUCAAUUAACCAAUCAGCCAAUCAGUUAGCCAAACAAGUAUAAGCGGGGGGAGGGGAGGAGCGCCAAAUGGGAGGAGCGCCAAAUGGGAGGAGCGCCAAAUCGGAGGAGCAGCGGAGGAAGGAGGAUCUGAGGAUCUGGGGGGAUCGCCAAAGGGGAGGAGCGGCGGGAAGGGAGGUGCAUCGGAGGAAGGAGCAGAGGACGGGGGGAAAGCGCCAAAGGGGAGGAGCGGCGGAAAGGGAGGAGCAGUGGAGGGAGGAGUAGCGGAGGGAGGAGCAGCAGAGAGAGGAGCAGUGGGGCGAUGAGCAGCAGAGCGAGGAGGAGCGGAGGAGGGGGAGGAGCAGCGAAGGGGCUGUCUCUUAUACACAUCUAGAUGUGUAUAAGAGACAGGCAGAGAGAGGAGCAGUGGGGCGAUGAGCAGCAGAGCGAGGAGGAGCGGAGGAGGGGGAGGAGCAGCGAAGGGGGGGGGAAGGGAGGAGUGGCGCAGGGGGAGGAGUCGCAGAGGGGGGAGCGGCGGAAAGGGAAGAGCAGCAGAGGAAGGAGAGGAAGGGAGGAGUCGCAGAGGGGGGAGUGGCGGAAAGGGAGGAGCAGCGGAGGGAGGAGCGGAGGAGCAGAGGAAGGGAGGAGCACAGAGGGGCAGGAAGGGCAGAGCGGCGGAGAGGGGAAGAGCCUGCAGAGCGGAGGGGGGAGGAGCGGCGGAAAGGGAGGAGCACCGGAGCGAGGAGCAGAAGAGGGAGGAGCUGCGGAGGGUGGAAGAACAGCGGAGUGAGGAGCAGCGGAGGGAGGAGGAACAGCGGAGGGGGGAAAGUGUGGCAUACUCAGUACCACACGGGCCCAGCAGGGCCCGA